CGAACAAAAUUCAUAAUCGUAAUUCGUAAAUAUGAAUAUUUGGCGAAUUUGACCGUUUAUGUAUUUUUACUAAUUUAUUUAUCUUAUUUUCACGAAUCAUGAAUUGUAGAACAUGUCUCUUUCUGAAAGUGACAGAAAGUCGUAUGAGAAAAUAAGAGAGCGAUUGCGGAGUGCAAUCCCAGAUCCGUUCUUCGGUGCAAGUAUCAUUAGUCGUUACAGUUACUGGUGUUCGUAAUGCUUCCCGUUCCUCACUGCUCCAGUGUUCCUGGCAGAAUUUAUACAGUUACGAAAUACAGCAUUAUUAAUGAUGGAUGUGGCUGGAUAUCCCGAAGUGUUCGCUGCGCGCAACCUAUCCGACACCUUCCGGAACGCGGUGGCAUACGUGCUGAAGCUCUUAUCCAAGGAUUAUCUCCCCGUCAAAUUACGAAACCUGAUCGAAGCCCUCCAUGACGAGAUUGUUUUUGCCCUCGAUCUCCUGCUGAAUCUCUAUCAUUUGCGGUAUUUCCACGCUUCAUGGGCGGAGAAAUACGCCGGAUUAAUUCGGCGGACGCCUGGCCGUUUCGUCAUCGCCAAAUCCCUUUUGGAUCUCGCCAUCGUCCCUUAUAUUUUCCGCAAGUGGGAAAAACUCUAUCUUCGUCUUCGUGAUCGCUGCCGCUCAUCCAGUGGCGUACAAUCCCGCUUCGUAGCCUGUUAUCCCUACGUCCGCUACGUAGCCGCCUUCCUCAACGUGUACAUCCUCCUCCGCUAUCUGCUCCGUAAAAUCCCGCAUCCGGGAUUGCUCCUGUUCCUCCUGGAUAUCCGGUUGCAGCGGCGCUCACUCGCCGACAUUCCUGAAGUAUCCCUCCAGUCUUCCCUUGGGGAGCGCCUUCUCCAUGGUGGAUUUCGGGCGUUUUCCGCGCUGUUGACGGUGGGAGGGGGUUUGGCGCAGUUCUGGCGGCAGUAUGGCGAGGAAGUGCGGGAUGCGAUGGUCGGUGUGCCGUCGCCGCCGCGGCUGCCGGACAGCUGCGUUGUGUUGCGUCCGGGGAGGUGUCCGGUGUGUGGACAAGGAUGGCGGCAACCGGUGGCGGUGCCGGCGACCGGGAUAGUGUUCUGCCGGAUGUGUGUAUUGCCGAUUGUGGAGGCGACGGGGAAAUGCCCGCUGACGAGAUGCUCGCUGGAUGUGAAUGCAUUAGUUCCGCUUUAUCUGUGAAAAUGUGGAUUUUGUAAGGGAGUGUUAUUGAUUUUAAACUUUUUGCGGAAUAGUGUGAUGACUGGUCGAUAUCGGAUCAUUUUGGAAUAAGUAUUCGUUCUGGCUGCCUGCCCUUGAGUAAAUUAUUCACAAAGAAAUAAAAGAG